UCGUCACUUCCUGCCGAUACCGGUGUGGACGGUGAGGAUCGUGGCUCGGCCGGUGUUCCGGUUCUUUCCCUCCCCUACUUUCCUCCCUCCCUCCCUUUCCCUUCCUCGGCGGCUGUCGCUAGCCGGUGUUUGACUCCCUGACCCCUCCCUAACCCCUUCCUGACCUCGGUGCCACUGGAUUGGCCUCCUUUUCUUGUUCCUUGGCCCAGCCCCAGUGUCAGGGCGGGGGGCCUUGUGGAGCGAGAGGCGCUGCAGCUGAGGAGAAGAGGACUACGACCCUCCACUCACCCGCCGAAUAGCCGGGUGCGCCGCCGCCAUGGCAAUGAGGCAGACGCCGCUCACCUGCUCCGGCCACACGCGGCCGGUGGUUGAUUUGGCCUUCAGUGGCAUCACGCCUUAUGGGUAUUUUUUAAUCAGUGCUUGCAAAGAUGGUAAACCUAUGUUACGCCAGGGAGACACAGGGGACUGGAUUGGAACAUUUUUGGGUCAUAAAGGUGCCGUUUGGGGUGCAACGUUGAAUAAGGAUGCCACCAAAGCUGCUACAGCAGCUGCAGAUUUCACAGCCAAAGUGUGGGAUGCUGUCUCAGGAGAUGAAUUGAUGACCCUGGCUCAUAAACACAUUGUCAAGACUGUGGAUUUCACACAGGAUAGUAAUUACUUGUUAACUGGGGGACAGGAUAAACUGUUACGCAUAUAUGACUUGAAUAAACCUGAAGCAGAACCUAAGGAAAUCAGUGGUCACACUUCUGGUAUUAAAAAGGCUCUUUGGUGCAGUGAGGAUAAACAGAUUCUUUCAGCUGAUGAUAAAACUGUUCGCCUUUGGGAUCAUGCUACAAUGACAGAAGUGAAAUCUCUAAAUUUUAAUAUGUCUGUUAGCAGUAUGGAAUAUAUUCCUGAGGGAGAGAUCCUGGUUAUUACUUAUGGACGUUCUAUUGCUUUUCAUAGUGCAGUAAGUUUGGAUCCAAUUAAAUCGUUUGAAGCUCCUGCAACUAUCAAUUCUGCAUCUCUUCAUCCUGAGAAAGAAUUUCUUGUUGCAGGAGGUGAAGAUUUUAAACUUUAUAAGUAUGAUUAUAAUAGUGGAGAAGAAUUAGAAUCUUACAAAGGACACUUUGGUCCCAUUCACUGUGUGAGAUUUAGUCCUGAUGGAGAACUCUAUGCCAGUGGUUCUGAAGAUGGAACAUUGAGACUAUGGCAAACUGUGGUAGGAAAAACCUAUGGCCUUUGGAAAUGUGUGCUUCCUGAAGAAGAUAGUGGUGAGCUGGCAAAGCCAAAGAUCAGUUUUCCAGAAACAGCUGAAGAGGAAUUAGAGGAAAUUGCUUCAGAGAAUUCAGAUUCCAUCUAUUCUUCAACUCCUGAAGUUAAGGCCUGAGCAUCAAGCAUAUGCCACAGAUAGUAUAUAAUUUAUGGACUAAAUGACCAAGCAGAGAAAAGCAUCAGCCUUCCAGAGUUACUCUCUGCUUACAGUAAACACAGCAGUAAAUAAUGGGGAAUACGAAUUAGCUCCAGUGCUGGAACAACUUACUUGGUGUUACCUGUGAGUGAAAACUCGGAGUAUCAGAUGAAGGCAGGUGGAGGUAAUGCUCUUGUAGCAUGACAGCCUGUUGUCUUUUAAUGAAUAUGUACAAGCCAACAUCCAAUUUCUCUUAUUAUAAUUAAAUUUCUUGUAGCUGUUUAUGUUAUUAUGGAAAAGAAAAAUAUAUUGGCCUAUUUUUCUGACUUUUCCCUUAAAGCAGAUUGCCUUUUUUUUUCUUCUUUUUUUGCUUUAGUUGUAAAGAAGAGGGAAAACAUGAUAAAGUAAUUGGUUUGAUUUCUCUUUCUAUACACUGCUUCUGAACAUCUAAUUAUUUUUAGUUGUCUAAAUAAAAUGCCUCUAAAACAAAACAGUGUUUUCUUUCUUUGGAAAAAACUAAUAAAUUUAAAUUUUAUGAAUGAAUAUGGGAAGUGUUUCUACAUCAUGACCACAGUAAAAGACAAUUUGUUUAUACAGUCUGUAAUAUUAGUUUCUGAAAUACAUUUGCCUAUACAAAAUUUACAAAUUUUCAUGUCCUUUGUUCAAGUUGAAUUUACCUCCCCACCUUCCUGAGUGGAUAGCAGUGCUUAACCUGCCAUUAAAAAUGAAAACUUAUGAUGCAUGCUAGUUAUAAGAAAUACAAUAAAGCAAUUACAGAUAGAAAAAUCACUUAACAUCCUACCACUCCCCCCAGAAAUUAUUAAAAUAUCGUGAACAUCAUUGCACAGUAGUGUAUUGCUGUGUGUAUGAGAGAUAAUAAUAAAUGAUUUUAUGAAAGCAGAGUAACUGUAGAACUGUAAUGUUUAAGACAUACCAUUUUAUUUUACCUCAUGAAAUUUGGGUAACAUUCAAGAAAUGUUUUUACUAACUUUUUAAUAAAUUGGAUCAGUUGAGUUUAGACUUUUUAAAAUAUGGAGGGAGGUGUUAAACUAGUAAUUUAGAAAUAUUUUAGACUAAUAACAUCCUAAUUCAAAGAUAUUUUGAAUGACCUUUGAUAACUUCUUAGAAGAAAUAAAAGCCAACCAAAGAAUAGGUUAAUUUUUGAGGAUUUCUGAUAACCAGAAGAAAGAAAGCACUGUAGACUAGAUAGUCACUGAGAGCCAAGAGAGGUGUGUUAUAGGUAGAACAGAUGAUCCACAGAUGAUCUCACAGGGUGGUAGUGUUUUUGUGUCAG